UUUAUUUUCAUGUUAUUUCAACCGUAAAACGAUAUUUUGAAUUUCUCAGACUUUGGCGCGAAAAUUCAAACAAGUCACUUUUGUUUUUCUCACGUGUGAGCUGGGAUUGGUUCAAAUUUAGUUGAAAUUCUACCUUCACCGCAUCUGGAAAAGCGCACGGCGCUCAACAGUAUUUCGUAUAAAUAUUUGUAAAAUUGUGAACAUGAGUAGUAUUUUAAAAUUGCAGUCGGUCCUAGCGAAAAAUUUAAUUAAUAAUGUAGUCAAGGUUAAUACCGUACCUCAGUCGCUAACGCGAGCCCUGCACAUUCAAGUGGAUAGAAAGAAUGCUAAAGUGUCCGAUAGUGCCUCUAAAGUCUACCCGAUAAUCGACCACACGUACGAUGCAGUUGUCGUGGGGGCAGGGGGCGCAGGAUUGCGUGCAGCCUUCGGCUUGGUGCAGGAAGGUUUCAAGACUGCGGUUAUCACGAAACUUUUCCCCACGAGAUCACACACGGUGGCUGCUCAGGGGGGCAUCAAUGCAGCUCUAGGUAAUAUGGAAGACGACAAGUGGCAGUGGCACAUGUACGACACGGUGAAGGGCUCCGAUUGGCUAGGAGACCAAGACGCCAUCCACUACAUGACCCGCGAGGCCCCGAAAGCCGUCAUCGAGCUCGAAAACGCCGGCAUGCCCUUCUCCCGUACCCAGGAAGGAAAGAUCUACCAGAGGGCCUUCGGAGGCCAGUCUCUGAAAUUCGGCAAGGGGGGCCAGGCGCACAGAUGCUGCUGCGUGGCCGACAGGACGGGGCACAGUCUGUUGCACACGCUCUACGGGCAGAGCUUGCGGUACGACUGUAACUACUUCGUGGAAUAUUUCGCUUUGGAUUUGAUUAUGGAAGGCGGCGAGUGCCGGGGUGUCAUCGCUCUGUGUUUGGAGGAUGGGACCAUUCACAGGUUCCGGGCUAAAAAUACGGUCUUGGCUACAGGGGGAUACGGCCGCGCCUUCUUCUCCUGUACGUCAGCCCACACGUGUACGGGUGACGGAACCGCCAUGGUCGCCAGGGCCGGAUUGCCCUGUCAGGACCUGGAAUUUAUCCAGUUCCACCCAACGGGUAUCUACGGCGCCGGCUGUUUGAUCACCGAGGGGUGUCGCGGUGAAGGUGGCUACCUCAUUAACUCACAGGGUGAACGUUUCAUGGAGAGAUACGCUCCUGUUGCCAAGGAUUUGGCAUCUAGGGAUGUCGUUUCUAGGAGCAUGACCAUCGAAAUUCGGGAAGGCCGUGGUUGCGGUCCGGAAAAGGACCACGUGUACCUUCAACUGCACCACUUACCCGCCGAACAGCUCCACACUAGGUUACCGGGCAUAUCCGAGACCGCGAUGAUCUUUGCUGGUGUCGACGUCACUAGAGAACCGAUUCCUGUAUUACCGACUGUUCAUUACAAUAUGGGAGGCAUCCCCACUAACUAUAAGGGGCAGGUAUUGACCACCGUGAACGAUGAGGAUACCGUCGUUCCCGGACUGUACGCUUGCGGCGAAGCAGCGUCCUCUUCUGUACAUGGAGCGAAUCGUCUGGGCGCCAACUCUCUCUUGGAUUUGGUUGUUUUCGGGAGAGCGUGUGCGAAGACCAUCGCCCAGGAGAAUAAGCCGGGAGAGUCUGUCGGCAGCAUUAAAGAAAACGCCGGUGAGGCGUCGGUGGCGAACCUAGACUGGUGCCGGUACGCCAACGGGUCCAUCUCCACCGCCGACCUGAGACUGCGGAUGCAGAAGACCAUGCAGGCCCACGCCGCCGUGUUCAGGACUGAGGAGGUCCUCCAAGAGGGCGUGAAGAAGAUGAGCGACCUCUACGGCAAACUGACCGACUUGAAGGUCUCCGAUCACAGCCUCAUAUGGAACUCCGACCUGGUCGAGACGUUCGAGCUGCAAAACCUUAUGUUGAACGCCUGCAUGAGUAUCGUGGGGGCCGAGAAUCGAAAGGAAUCGAGAGGGGCGCACGCGAGGGAGGACUACAAGGUGCGCAUCGACGAGUACGACUUCAGCAAACCGUUAGAGGGGCAGCAAAAGAAACCCUUGAAGGACCACUGGAGGAAGCACACACUGAGCACGAUCGACGAGCAAACCGGACAAGUUAGUAUUAGAUACAGACCUGUGAUCGACGUCACCCUAGACGAGAAAGAGUGUUCGACUGUCCCGCCAGCCAUCCGGUCCUACUAGGCCCACGGAAGGUUCGACGGUGGGUUUGAAAAUACUUUUUCGGUGAUAUCGCAUAGUAUUUUUUUUUUUCGUUUUUUUUUUCAGUGCCAUAUAGGUACUUACAAACGUGUUAUUAAUCCUUUUGAAGCUAAUUUAAUCGAUAAGUAUCGUAAACGUAUUCGUUGUCUUGGAAUGUAUAUAAGUUUUUAAGUUUGUACGUUGAAACGGGAAGGGUUUUAGCCAAACUAAAUGCUCUCUGCAACAACGAUCGAGCGUUUUUAGUCUGGAAAUUGGGGAAUAUGUAUUUUUAUUCGCCUUUGUCGAGGAUCUAGGAAAAGUGUAGAUCAAGGUACUUAACUUGAAUUGUCGUCGAUGGUAUUUAGUGUUAAGGAGCGAAUUUUUUAAAGCAUAAUGAUAAUCUACAGUCGAAGCACAAGAAUAAAAGACAAAAACACCAAAAUGUGAUUAUAAUUGCAUUUGAACCUGUUUAAAAAAUCUUAUUUUUUCUCUUUCAUGUCUCUUCAACACCUAACGUUAACAAAUUUUGUUAAUAAGGAUUAAUAAUACUCGAAAGCAAACGCUUUUUUUGGCUUCCUGUUUUUAAGUCCACAAUAAUUUGUAAAUAAGACGAUUGUAUUUUCAAACCUUUUUUAGCGUGAAUUUCUUUUUUUUUUCAAAAGUAUUGCACAGCAGUAGAGUAGGAGUAACUUAUUCGUUUCUAUCGUAAGAACUAUAGGAUUACUACUAUAAUUUAUUUUCACAUUUUACGCAUAAGGUCUUGUCGAAUGUACAUUGAUCGAGUCAAAAAUUAUAUAUUAAAUUAUUUUAAAGAAUACAAAAA